CUGGGCCAGUCGGGACGGAGGAGACAAGAUGGCGCUGCGAGCGAUGCGGGGCAUCGUGAACGGGGCCGCGCCUGAGCUUCCCGUAUCCACCAGUGGGCCCGUGGUGGGGUCUCGAGAACAGGUGCUGGCAAUUAGCCGGAACUACCUCUCCCAGCCUCGUCUCACAUACAAGACAGUAUCAGGAGUUAAUGGUCCACUAGUGAUCUUAGAUCAUGUUAAGUUUCCCAGAUAUGCUGAGAUUGUGCACUUAACACUACCUGAUGGCACAAAGAGGAGUGGGCAAGUUUUAGAAGUUAGUGGUUCCAAAGCAGUGGUUCAGGUGUUUGAAGGGACUUCAGGUAUAGAUGCCAAGAAGACAUCCUGUGAGUUUACUGGGGAUAUUCUCCGAACGCCGGUGUCUGAGGAUAUGCUUGGUCGGGUGUUCAAUGGAUCAGGAAAACCCAUCGACAGAGGUCCUGUUGUACUGGCUGAAGACUUCCUUGAUAUCAUGGGCCAGCCAAUCAAUCCUCAGUGUCGGAUCUAUCCAGAGGAGAUGAUUCAGACCGGCAUUUCGGCCAUAGAUGGCAUGAACAGUAUUGCUAGGGGGCAGAAAAUUCCUAUCUUCUCUGCUGCUGGCUUACCGCACAAUGAGAUUGCAGCUCAAAUCUGUCGCCAGGCUGGUUUGGUAAAAAAAUCCAAAGAUGUAGUGGACUACAGUGAGGAAAAUUUUGCGAUUGUAUUUGCUGCUAUGGGUGUAAACAUGGAAACUGCCCGGUUCUUCAAAUCUGACUUUGAAGAAAAUGGCUCAAUGGACAACGUCUGCCUCUUUUUGAACUUGGCCAACGACCCAACUAUUGAGCGAAUUAUCACUCCUCGCUUGGCUCUAACCACGGCCGAGUUCCUGGCCUAUCAGUGUGAGAAACAUGUAUUGGUUAUCCUAACAGACAUGAGUUCUUAUGCUGAAGCACUUCGAGAGGUUUCAGCAGCCAGGGAAGAGGUUCCUGGUCGACGAGGUUUCCCAGGUUACAUGUAUACAGAUUUAGCCACAAUAUAUGAACGUGCUGGUAGAGUGGAAGGUAGAAGUGGCUCUAUUACUCAAAUUCCUAUUCUCACCAUGCCUAAUGAUGAUAUCACUCACCCCAUCCCUGACUUGACUGGAUAUAUUACAGAGGGGCAGAUCUAUGUGGACAGACAGCUACACAACAGACAGAUUUACCCACCUAUUAAUGUGCUGCCCUCGUUGUCGCGGUUAAUGAAGUCUGCUAUUGGAGAAGGUAUGACCAGAAAGGAUCAUGCCGAUGUAUCUAACCAGCUGUAUGCAUGCUAUGCUAUUGGUAAGGAUGUGCAGGCCAUGAAAGCCGUAGUUGGAGAAGAAGCCCUUACGUCAGAUGAUCUGCUUUACUUGGAAUUUCUGCAGAAGUUUGAGAGGAACUUCAUUGCUCAGGGUCCAUACGAAAACCGCACUGUCUAUGAGACUUUGGACAUUGGCUGGCAACUGCUCCGAAUCUUCCCCAAAGAAAUGCUGAAGAGAAUCCCUCAGAGCACUUUGAGCGAAUUCUACCCUCGAGACUCUGCGAAGCAUUAGCUGCUACUUCAUCGCUGGCUCGAUGCUCUUGUGAAAUACUGGUUCUGUUUUCUUUAUUCCUUUUGCACUCCCCCAUCCCCACCUUUGUGUUGGAGUUUACUGUGUUACCCUGUAAUUAAAAACAAGGAAUAGGUAACAUAUUGUGCCAGUGUUGCAAUGUUUUAAACUGCUAACAGCCUUUAAAAUAUCCCCUGUUCAGAAAACCUGGAACUUCAAUGCUUUGUUUAAAGUAGCUGAGGGUUGGAGGUGAAGUUUUCUUACUGAUGUGUGUAUUUGUACAUAGUGGUGUAGUUAGCUGCCUAGUGUCCUCAUUAUUUGGGUCUCUCAGACCUUCCUUGUCCACCCCCUCAAGAGUAUCACUAUCUGAAGUUAUAAUGCUUUGAUCUCCAAACUAGAGACAAGAUAGGGUCUGAAAGACGCUUCCUCUCAGAGCCAAGACACUUUCCUGAGCACUUGUUCUUAGAUUUUGGUGUGCCUCUGGGUCUGUGCUGCUGCUCUAAGCAGAUGGUUUUUACUGUCCACCUGCUGUUUCCUGUUUAAUGAAUAGAUUAGAAAAGGAGUUUCCUUUUCCUCUUUGGUACGGAUAAGUUUCAACUCCUGUUUCUUACUGUUCUCCCUCCCUCUGAGUAACACAGAAUCGUGCAGGUUUUGCCCAACUGGCCUUGAUCUGAUAGUAGUGAGAUGCCCUG